CUUAGAUCAAUAUAAACUUACACCAUUGCAAAUCAAUAUAACAUUACAAAAUUGGAACAAGGAAGUGACUUGCUGGUUGUGAUUAUUGUAUUGGAGGGAUGUGGUUAAUAACUCUUUAAAACAUUACAGCGUUUCGUGGAAUACUUCAGUGAUGUCAGAGUCAACACCAGGCAGCCAACAGAAGGGGGUUGCAAGGGAAGAUUACUCUUCUCAGGAAGAUAGUCAGCAAAUGCAAUCUGGUAUUUUAUCUAGACUACCCGGAGACCGACCUACAAACAAUGCUCCCGGGAACAUUGAUGAAAAUAAGAACACCAGAGCAGAGAUUGAAAAUAUAAGAGCAUCCAUGCAAGGUGAAGAGUCACCAUCUCCUCACCCAAGACCAUCAAAAGCGGGGAAAAAUAACAGCCUAGCUGUUGCUCCAAGCGCAUCAUUUGUUGUUCAACACAGAGGACAAGAGAAUGCAGGCAAUGGAGAGAAAGGUUCACAAAGUGUUGUUUGUGAGGCCUCAGAUAUGCAUGAUGAUCUAACAAACCUGACUGCAAUGCAGCAGCGAAAGACUGGGUCUUCAGGAAAUUUACGUGAUGAUCCAUCAAAGCAGCCAGUAAUAAAAGAAGACACUGUGACAGCUGAAGAGUCUGUGGUCGAGCUUCAACAAGUCAACCACAGCUUCUAUGACAGAGAUAAUGUGAUUGAAGUGGAUAUGCAUGUGUGGAAGGUAGACAAGGACAGCCUGGUGGUCAACUUCUGUCCAGAUACUGUACAUGUCACGUUCCAGACUAGGGAUGCCCAGUUCCUGAAGCUUUACAAGGGCAGCACAGAGAAAACCAAGUUCAUCUGGACUAUAAAACUCAAGGGUCAGGCACAAGAGGACAAGUGCUCGUUCCAGGUUUAUUCUUGUUAUGUUUACCUGAAAAUUACAAAGAAGGUGUCUGGCCGCUGGGGAGAUCUAGAGAACCUCAAGAGAACAGAAACAAAUUCAUCUUUAGCCACUCAACCGGAAAGUUCAGGUGAUGGGGAAAAUAAAAAUGCUGAUCAAAGGUCAGAUCACAAGACAACAGCAAGUUCAACAAAACAGCUAAAAAUGAGAACAGUUGAUGAUAAACAAGGAACAAAUCCAGCUUCUGAUCUUCAAGCCACUCAACAAAACAGUUCAGGUGGUGAAGGAAAUAGAAAUGCUAAGCCAAUAUUAGAUGCCAAGAUGACAGCAAGUUCAGCUGAUAGUUCAACAGUUGAUAAUAAAGAAGCCAUUCACCCACAAAGUUCAGGUGAUGAAAGAAAUGUUGAACAAAGACCACAUCCAAAGACCACAGCAGAAUCAGCUUAUAGUUCAACAAAACAGCCAGAAAUGAGCCUAGUUGCUGAUAAAGAAGAUACAGCUGAUGUCAAAGACUUUUUAGGCUCUCAAGAUUCAAUCAGCUCUAUCGAGUCCUUUAUAAUUAUCAAUCCGAAAGAAGCAGAUUGCAAAGAACAGGAAAAGAUUGAACACAAAACCCAAAGUGAAUUCCCACCCGCUGGAACAUCCUUUGAAUGUAUGAAUAGCAAGCAAUCAAGAAGCAAAUCGGAAGCUGCACAUCUAGAAAAACCUGUAUCUAAUGACAAAUUCUGUAUCAAAUAUCAAGGUUCUAUUCCAUUUGUUCUAAGCAUAGAUAACCCUAUGUGUUUGCUCUCUUUGGGUGAGGCAAAGAAUGCUUACUUUGAAGGGGACCUCUUAUGUGUUGAUGGUAGACUUUUUGUUUUGAUUACUGAGGGCAACCUUCUGAAGUCAAAUGAAGUUCCACAAAUACCUUCUGAUGAGCAAAAUGGCAUGGCUCUAUGUAAAGACUCAUCAUUUGUUCAAGAAAAAGAUAAGUCGGUCAAAGAAUAUGUUGCAAAACAGGGAAACACCCGAGAUAUGCUGGAACAAGACCAUGCUGUAAGACCAACAACCAGACAACAUAGUCUUGAUAAUUCUAGUGCUUUUGGAUCCCAAAGUGUUGUAAAGCAGAAAAGAAAAGAGAUAGUUCGUGAAAAUGUCCCAACAGUUGUUGUAAAAAUCAUAUCACAGUCUUCGUUUAAAUCAAAAUUUAGAACAAAGUUUCCUGAUGAUGAAUACAAAGUAAGGAAUGAAAAAAGUAACACUGCAGACAUUAUAAUAACUGGAUCAUUGGAUUGUUUUGAGUGGUUUGAAAAGGAAAUACAUUAUUGUCAAAUUACCUUUAAUGAAGUGAAAAAUAGUUCCAUCCCGAAGUUGCCUGAUAUCGUGGAAAAUUACUUGUCGAACCGUUAUGGCAAGUGAGGAACAGUUUUUUGGGACAUAGUUCCUAAGAAAAAACAAAUAUUUGUUUGGUGUUCCUCUACAUCACUUUCUGCUGAGGAAGUGAUACACACAUUGAAGAUAGCAAUCAAAAAGGCUGAACUUUCCUAUGAUUAUGAUGACU